AUGGGCGAAAGCCUGACGGAGCAAUGCCGCGUGGAGGUAGAAGGUUUAAGCUUGCUCGUGAACUUCUUUUCCCGGAGAAGAAGCAAUGACGUGGGGAAUAAGCAUCGGCUAACUCUGUGCCAGCAGCCGCGGCAACCCGAAUCCGCGUAUACCUACUCUAGCAAGAGAGCACCAACGGAUCCUUCCACUUCUGUAACAGAAGCUAAAAGAAGAAAGAAGCUUCUGAGUCAACCUAUAAUAGGAUUUUUGGCAAAACAAGCCGGGACGAAGCCAAGCCGAUACCCGGUUAAAGGGAAAAGGCGAUUCCCGGAGACUCAGCCGUCUUCGCUUCGUUCCAUCACUUUCUCAAUAAGAGAAUUGGACGAUAGACCCCUUUUAAAUGGAAAAAAAGAAAACAGGAGUGAAGAAAGUACCCUAACUGAGCAGGCACAAAAAAAUCGAAUCUCAAUUCAACAAGAAAGCAAGAAAGAAAAGGUUCAAAAAGAGUAUCUCACCAAGGCGACUGCCUCCUCUUUACGGGGCUCUGGCCCUUCCUAUCACCAUUUGAUAGCAUUAGGCCUUGCCCAUUCCCUGCCAUCAACCACCCGUUCCCUUCCAUUAACCGCUCAAGAGCAAGAAUCAAACAGCCAAACAGCCUUGCUCUUCAUUGCUGAACUUCCUUGUCCUCUUUGUGAAAGAGAGGGAUUAAGAGAAGGAAAUAAGAGGCGCGUCUCAGGUCUCUCGAGCGAACCCCCUUGUUACAUCCGGUCCGCUCCAAUCGCUCGCUUGGACCAUUACCAUUGUCAAAAACAGCAACAACCGAUUCGCCACAACAGCUAUACACCGAAGGUCAUCAUUGAUCCUCAGUCCAGGUUUCUACCUCUACACAGUUCGCUAAUUGUAACCGAGACUUUUCAAUACAACUUUGACUUUCAUCCUCCAUCCUCGCUUAUCUUUUCUUCAUUUUCGAUCCUUCGUUCUGCCACAUCUCUGCGUGCGUCGCAUUCACAUUCCAUUCCAAAGUCCCUCUGCAGGACUACUGGAACGGCGUGGUCCUUCUUAUCGCUGCUUGUUCCCGCUAAUUGGAGUGGCCAAGUCGCGUAA